CGGGUUCUGAGAAAUAUCAAGCGCAUACUUUAAUCGGUGUUUUUCAAAGCUGGUGAUCAACUUUGUGGUUUUGCUUUUUAGCUUACGCCUAACCUACGACAGGCGACACACUUCUCAUCACAUAUCAACGCGCGCUCUACAUUGCCGACAACCGACCUUAUGGAUUCCCGAGCAAGCAGAUGUCCGACCUCGAUGCCACCCGUCCGUUCCUUACAGUCCGAACGCUCAGCCAAGGCCAACUUUCUCAGUCUGCCCAAGGGGAUUCGCAAUAGCAUUUACAAUGAAGUGCUCACUCUCCCGUGUCCACUAUACCUCUUCCAAGAGCCGGGUUCCCAAGUCGAGACAUUUGCGCCCGACAGACCCAGCGGCUGGCCUGCAAUGCUGUACAUCAACCGACAAAUCCACAGUGAGGCUAGCGCAGUGCUCUACAGAACGAAUCAAUUCCAUCUUGUAGAUAUCACGCAGGAGCAACUCAACCUUCUACAAUCAUUUCUUGACGGCAUUGGGCCUGUGAAUGCAGCUUCACUAUCCCACCUAUGUCUCAACUUCCCGGUCGUGGAGAGUAAAAACGGCCACCUAGGCAAAUUGAAGCUCAGGGACGAUGGCUUACAGAGUCUAAAGCUCUUACAGGACAAAUGCACAAAUCUGUCGACACUGGAGACCCUUGUCCACAACAAGAAUGCCGCUAUCUUCAGAAAAACGGACGAUUCUCUGCGAGAGGCAUUGUCACUAGUUGACGCACAAGUCAAGGCCAUUCCUUCACUGAAAAGAGUCAUCGUGCGAUUCGUGGUCCACGAUGGCGUGCCGACGACUUCAGCAAAGGCCCUUAUGGAGGGUCGUGGAUGGGUGGUUAUCUCCGGGGAUGGGAAUGAACGCUAGACAUGGGAUGGUGCCGUGGAUCCACUUGUGCUGCAUUGUAACUCGUCCAAUGUCGUUGGCAUUGUCGAUGUAUAGUCAUGCGUGUGCGAUACCGUACAGUUGUGGCGUCUUGAUCACAAGUAAAACAUCAUUUUAAUACGGAACUCUCAUUUGUAGCACACUCUCGUUACGAUCACAAGCUAUUAUUUGCUUAAGACACCCU